AUGACUUCAUUGUCAACAAACUCAUCAAGAUCAGAUUCUCAUCAUCUUCACAAAUCCAAAAAUCCAGUCAAUUUAACAAAUCCAAUAAGAUUAGCAUUUUUAGGUGGUUCAAAAUCAGGUAAAACUUCAAUAAUUUCAAAACUUACGUUAGGUUCAUAUAGGGAAACUUACUAUCCUACAACACAACUAACUCCCAUAUUAUUUAAUUACGAGCCUGAAUCUACUCAAUCAAAGGAUAUACUAAUAAAUAACAAUUUGGAAGUUGGUCAUAAUGUCAACCUAUCAUCUGUGCUAAAACAAUCAAAGAAUACAGGAAAUGUCAAAAAUAAUGAGUAUUACAAUCUUAAUGAAACAAAAGAUGAAAUAACUCCAAUACUAGUUGAAUUAAUAGAUACACCAGCUUUUAAUCCACAAAAAGUCGUUCCAUACCUCGAAGCAUCAUUAUAUUCAAAUCUAGAUAAAGAAAUACUACAUAAUUUAGCAAAUGAACCUCGUCGACCAGUAUCUACAAAUCCUUUGCUUGUAGCAAGUGGCGCUAGUGAAUUAAAUGGGAAUGUAAAUGGUUAUUUUUUCGUGUAUAGUGCUAUACCAAGUUACAAUCCACCAGGAUAUGAAAAUCAAGCAAAUUCAUUAUUAUCAAGUGAAUUACCUACUAAUCAUACUUUCAAUUUAUUACCUACCAUAAAAGCAGCAUUAAAUGACGCAUGGGAAGAGUAUAAUACAUUCAAAAGAGAUUGGGCUAAAGGUGAAGAGUCAGAUGUAUUUUCUUUUAAAUUUGCAUUUAAAAAUAUUUUAAAUAGUGGGAAAUCAAAAACCCAACCACAAUCAUUUGAAAAUAGUUUUGAUUCACCUCCCAUAUGGAUUAUAUGUACUCAUGUCAAAAAUGAACUAGCUUCUGCACAACUAAUUCAAGAUGGCAAAACAUUAAGUUCAGAUUGGAAAUGUGGAUUUAUUGCAAUUGAUAAUGUUAAUGAUGAUGUUGAUAUAAUACUAAGUUUAAUGAUUAGAGAUAUACUACAAAAACAAAAAUUAAAAUAA